GAUUGUUGCUUACAGUGACGCAAGAAGCCAAGGCAGGAAGUUGAAUAGCCUGGAGAUAGAGGUUUAUGCAGCCAUGUGGCCAGUGAUCUGGACUGCCAUGCGCACUUAUGCGCCCUAUGUGACCUUCCCAGUGGCCUUUGUGGUGGGAGCUGUUGGAUACCACCUUGAGUGGUUUAUCCGGGGAACUCCUAACGCCCCGGGAGAAGAGAGGGGCAUUGCAGAGCUAAGGGAGGAUAGAAAAUUAGAGGAACUGACCGGUCAGGACAGCACACAGGUCCUCAGCCUCAAGGACAAACUGGAAUUCACACCAAGAGCAGUGCUGGAAAGAAACCGACCGGAGAAGAGCUAAGUUUUAGUAAAUGGCAUGAAGUCCUGCAAGAUUACCAUAUAAUGAUGUGCAAUUUCUCAAACUUUGGGCUCAUUUGUCACACUCAACGGCCCCAGGGACGGGAACUUGAUCAGAAAUC